AACGCCAUCCAGCUGAACAUCAGACAGCAGACAGACACCAUAGUAUAGAAGAAAUUUUUUUCGGAACUUAUUUAAAUUUCGCAACCAAAUCCAAAACACAAAAAAAAGACCCAAAAAACAAUAACAUAAGCGCUAAACAAAAGACCCCAGACGAGUGUAUGUGUGUGUGUGUCGGUGUACGUGAAUGCCAACCAAUGUGGUAGACGCAAUUACUGUGUGUGUGCAACAAACCCCGUUUCCCCUGCAACACCCCCCGCAGCCGAGAGCCGAGUGACACUGCUGAAGCAUGGAGAGCGAAAAGAUAUUGAUGGCUGCCGGCGUCACAGUGGCCGCCGUUGUAGGCGCCUUUGUCUUCUGGGGUCCCUCAGGCUCACGCUUGCGUCAGCGUCGCGGCCAAAUCGCCGGACUGCACAACUUUGGGCGCACCUGCUUCCUCAACACGCUGCUGCAGGCGCUGGCUGCCUGUCCACAGUUUAUUGCCUGGCUGCAGCUUUACAAUGGCGCCACACCGGAUCGCAAGAGUCUGAUCAGCUCGAUGCUGAGCACUCUGGAGGUGGUCAAUGGCACACAUGCCACGCUCCGGGGUGAUCCCCAUUCACCAGGCGCUGUGCUGCGUGCAUUAAACACACUGGGUUGGGUAAUUCCUCAGGAGGAGCACGAUGCCCACGAGUUGUUCCAUGUGCUGUUGUCAUCGCUGGAGGAGGAGGCAACACGUCCUCAGCAAAUGGGCUGUCUAUCGGAUGCACUGUUGCCACCAACGCCCGUCGCUCAUGAUCUGCUCGACUUGGAUGGCGAUUAUCAACGGGGAUUAGGUGGUGGGAGCGCUCAACAUCAUCAACGGAUUGGCGAUCAACCGAAUCGACCAUCGAGUGCCAUGCUCACCGAUUUCCUCAACAUGGAGUACGAUGAGUCGACGAGCUUGCAGCGUUUGGUGCGCUCCGAGGCGCACACACCCGACUCCCCAGCCUCGGUGUGUGAACGCGAUUCGGCAGCCGAUGCUUUGACACCGGGCGUGGCCACAAAUCCCUUUUUGGGCAACUCACCCUUUGGCUAUCAAUCGGCACUGGCGGCCAUGGACUUCAUAGAGCCGCCCAUCCAGCAGCAGCAGCAGCAUCAGGGCAAUGCAUCGCCCAUCUUGGGUGGCGAGCGAUUGUCGCGUCCGCGACAGCAACAACUCCACAAUCAGCAGCAACAGCACCACAACAAUCCCAAUCACAGCGAGGGACUCAAUCGCCGGGUGUCGAGCUCAUGCCGCUCACUGGAGCGUCUCAAUCGCGGUCCCGGACGUGUGUCCAUCUGGUCGAGCAUGAUGCCCAGCCAGGUGGCGCAUCCGUUUCAGGGUGCGAUGGGUGCCCAAAUUGUGUGCAACGGCUGUGGCUCCAAGUCGGCGGUGCGCUACGAUAAAUUCGAUAGCAUUACGCUCAAUUUGCCGACGCAACGUCGCUCGGGUUUGAGUUUGGGACACUUGCUCAGCGAAUACAUCACGUCGGAGGAUCUGAGCGAUGUCAAGUGCGACAGCUGCAAUGAGACAACGAUGCACACCAAAUCGGUGACGUUUGCCAAGCUGCCCGCUUGCCUCUGCAUUCACAUUGCACGCACCGUUUGGCUGCCCACGGGACAGGUGUGCAAGCGUCAGGAUUACGUGCACUUCCCCGAGAGCUUGUCCAUGGCACCGUACAGUUUUGUGCAGCCGCAUCUGAACAGUCAGGCCGGCACACCUUGGGGCUCAACCAUGUCGCUGUAUUCCUCUAGUUUGCCCAUGAACAAUGGCGGCGGUGCUGGCGGCGAAGGAUUCGGCGCCAUGUUCCCCAAGAAUCUGUAUCGCCUGCUCGCUGUCGUCGUGCACUCCGGCGAGGCGAACAGCGGACACUUUGUGACCUAUCGUCGCGGCUCGCUCCGCAAUGCGCAUCGCUGGUUCUAUACCUCGGAUACCAUUGUGCGUGAAGUGACCAUCGAUGAGGUGUUGAGUGUCCCGGCUUAUUUGCUCUUCUACGAUCGCGGUCAACAGCGACAGCUGCAGAUGCAAAUGCGUUAAAAGCGGGAGAGAAAGAGAGAGAGAGAGAAGAUGAAAGCGCGAGAAGUUCUUCGGCCUAGUCAUUUAUGAAACGAACAACGUGAUGUGAUUGCGAAACAAAAAGUCAAAUGAUUAUGAUGUAUAAAGCAUAAUUAUGCAACGGUGGCCAUAAUAAGCAACAAGAGCAACAACAAUUACAUCAAUAUUUAAAGAGCAUCCUCCUUCAAGCAAAUAGUCUCAACCGAGCAAGUCGAGCAUUUUAUUCGUAUUUUGGAUCUCAGCAAACACCAAAAAGAGAGAGACAGACGACAACAAGAACAACAAAUGCGUGUGUUGGAUUGCAUGAUGAAUUAGUGAGAUGAAAGGAAAGGGAGCUAAACAAAAGAACACACGCAUCUAAAAGAAAAAACACCAACUCAAUCCCACACAUAAACUACAUUAUUAUAUACAUAGAGAUAUACAGUUAUCUAUAUAUAUAUAUACAUCAUAAUUUGUUACAUCCAAAUGCAUUUAAAAAUUUUCAAAUUGAAUUUCAAAUUCAAAAAUUUCAAUCCUAA